AUGGGCCUCUUCAAGGAGCUGGCGUCGGCCUUGGGCAUGAAGAAGACGGUCGUCCGCAUCUUGGUCGUCGGCCUCGACAACAGCGGCAAGACGACGCUCGUGAACCAUCUCAAGCCGCGCAAGAGCCAAGCGACCGAGGUUGUGCCCACGGUCGGGUUUCAAGUCGAAGAGUUCACCAAGUACAAUCUGAGCUUUACGGUCUUUGACAUGUCGGGCCAGAGCCGAUACCGAUCGCUGUGGGAGAACUACUACCAAGACGUGCAGGCGAUCAUCUUUGUCAUGGACUCGACCGACACGAUCCGCAUGUGCGUCGUCAAGGACGAGCUCGAGCAGAUCCUCGCCCACAAGGACUUAGCGCCCAAGAAAAUCCCGAUUCUGUUUUUUGCCAACAAGAUGGACCUUGCGCAUUCGCUGACGCCGGUCGAGUGCAUGGGGCAGCUCGAGCUCGAGAAACUCUCCAACAAGACGUGGCACAUCACGGCGAGCAACGCCAUCACGGGGCGCGGCGUCGAAGAAGGCAUCCAGUGGCUCGCGGACCAGCUCGGCAGCGCCAAGAGCCGCAAAUAG